AUGGUUUGUUAUGGUACGUUGGCAGCAGACUUCCUACCAUUUCUGUCGUUUGUUGAUGCAGCACAGAAACAGUUCUGUCUUCUUAACCGGCAGAAACCAAUCAAACCUCACAGAGACUGCUCUAUCUACUUUGGUCAGGGUGUUCACUUGUUUGGGGAACAGUACCAGAGAUACUGCUUGGGGCAGAACAACUUGUUCCACGUCUUGGGAGUCCCUGCCCUGAAAUCUGUCAUACGAGAGGAAACUCAGAUUGAGGACCAAACUGCUCCAGGACUGAGCAGCUUCAUGUUGGAUCUUGCUGCGGAAACGUUUAAGGGCAGACCGGUAAAGCAAAUGUUUGAUCAAGGGGUGGGAAGACCCGUAUAUCCUGGGACAAGUAUUGAAGAGGCAGAGAGGAAAUUUGAGAUGUUCCAUUGCGAAGUAGAUGCUAUGUUAGCUGAGCUGGUUGAAAACUGCACCAACUACCCCUUAGUACAAUCCCAUGUUCUAGACCUUUUCACAAAACUACCGACAUACCUGAAGCGGGUUACAGCACUGAUAAGUUCGGAUAAAAAGUACGAGCUUACUCUUGCAUCUAAGAUCAAGAAAGCUAGAGGGUUCGCUGUUGAUAGUAGUCGAGGAGACAAUAACCUCGGAAAGUUUGAGUAUCUGUUAGUGAGACUACGCAGAAAGAUAGACAGCGUACAAGGAGUGUUACAACGCUUAGCAGACCUAUUAUCUGCAAUUGUUGCUGCGGUGUAUGGUUCUUCGAGAUUUCUUUCCUUGCCGGAAGUCCAGUCUGGUGUCCAAGAACAUCGGUACACGAAACAGCGUACAGAGGCAUGGUUUACUGCAAGGGCUGACGGCUCUAUCUCUUCAUCUGAUCUUGCUGCAGGACUAGGAUACUUUUCUGUCUCGAGGGCUCGUGAAAUUCAACAACAGUUGUGGAAUUUGGCAAAUUCUAGACGUCGCGUUGUCAAUGAAGAGCACGAUAAUCCUGUUCAUGACGAGGCUGAUGCCGAAGCGGAUGAUAUUCCUGCUGGACCCUUAGAUGAUGAGGCAAUUGAGAAUAUGCGGUACGGUACUGAUUCAGAGCCGCAUGCUGUGGCAACUUUAGUCAGCAACGUUUUGCCGAUAAUACCAGAGUUUGCUGAUCUCGUAUAUGUAGAAGAAGGUUUAUCAAAGUUAACCAGUGAUGGGAGCCCGACCCUGUCAUCCUCUGGAGAUGGAAGCUUAGUCCGGGAUGAGGAGACCCUGGAAAUUGAGUAUCUUGUAGAGAUAAAAUGUCCUGCUACCAAGAUCCUUCCCGAGCAUCCGAAGGAAUACUACCUGCCCCAAAUGUACUCACAGUUUGCCUGCUAUCAGAAGUUUAAUAAUGACGGUAAGCUAAGUAGAGUUCUCCACAUGGUGUGGACACCUUCUUUCUCAAGGAUCUGGGUUCAUGAAAUUAACCAAGAGUUACUUGUUGAAUUCCUACAUGUUGCACAUGAACUUUAUUUCACAAGAAACCUCGAGAUUAAAAAGACAAUGCCUUUGGCUGUGAGGAAUCUCCGCGAGAAGUUUAAAGCAGAAGCUAAAAAAUUUCGACUUGUCGCUGACGUACCCUCCGUCCUCUCCUCGACUCCAGUCAAUCAAGCACACGCAAAUGGUAUUCAUUGUGUCUCUGUCCUGCAACGUGUCAAUGUUCACGCUGGUAGUGAAAUGAAGACACUGACGUCCGCUCUGAAGAAGGUUAUGGAGGACAUCUACGCUGAGGCUACACCUAAAGCGUCCGCAGCUAUGUUUUACGUGCUAUCAGAUUUAACAAGGACUCCUAAUCAAUUUAAGACACCCUAUUUCGUCAUUGCAUAUCUACCUACAUCAUCAAAGAUGACGGUUGAGACUGACAGGGCUAUCACAAAUAACAUGAUGGAUGAGCUGGAUAGUCGUUUCAACUUGACAUCUAGAUCUUUCGAUGCAAAGACACGAGAGAUAUGCUUCAAGUCGACAACCGGAGAGGCCUUAUCAGUUUUUGAAUUGAGACGGCAGUUGUGGGUUAAAGCGAAGGAACUUACAAGGAAAACAGAGUUAAGAAAUUACCUUUGUGAUUACCUCAACACACUGCUGAAUAAAGAUAGAGACUGGUCUCUUAAUACUGCGGAGCAAGAAUUAGUUACAAAAUGUGGCAUCACUCUCUCUAUUGAAGGAACGGAUCGUGCUCAGCGCUUUCGGCUAAAUCCUCAUGUCAAAGCAGGAAAGAUUCGGCUGGAAGACUUACGGGCAGCAUGGUGUUACUCAAAAUACUCAGCUGAGUAUGAAGCUUGGGUGACGAAGCAUCCGUUUCUUGACGACCCAGCCUUCAGCCAUUUCUUCCAAAAGGAAGAAAUCGUUUAUCUUCCUGAUUCUCUCCCAUCUGGUAAAUGGAUCGCAGCCGAAGUAGAUUAUACCCACAUAGGGUCUCGGCUACGCAGGAUGGUGGUAGCUGGCGCAAUACCGGGAGUGGAUCCUGAAGCGUGGAGAACGGUUGCUAAAAAAACUACUCCCGAGAACAAGCCGAAGACCAACCUCACCACUGUGAUUGUAGAUUCUUCUGGUGCAGACCAGAUGUCAAUGACCCAGACCUUGACUUUCUUUAGUGCAUCUGUUGCAGAAGAGUUGAAGGAGAGUGGGUACCCGCCGGAGCACCAGUUUUGCAAUGCUGUAAACAAGUGGUUAACUGCUCACGACGCUCGGGGUAUCACAGCUGAUAUCAGAAUCGACAUGAUGAUGGUACUACACGAGAUGCUCAUGGAAAAGGUCUCAGUUUGCUUUCCUCCUCCCACGAGCAGUACAAAGUGUGGGUUCAACUUUAAUCUGAUAGAAGAUAUCGUAUGCGGAACCCAAGCCCGGCUAUGUCUGUACAUAAUAACGAAAGAAACCGGUUAUGCUGCCAGGGCGUUUAGCUCGAUAGAUGUUGAAAAUGCCCACAGCAUUAUAAAUCAUUUGGACCGCCGCGGGGUCCAAAACUCCUCAAUCGAAGAGCUUAGUAGACAUGUCAGCAACCUACAGAGACUUCAAAUUCUCAGGAAAACCUCUCUAGGAAGGAAGCUUUAUACUCCGACAUCCACAAUUUACCACGCCCCUGAGAUCGACAAAGGUCUUUCUGAUAGAUUGACUUCCAGCCAAUUCGAUCUAUCGAAGCCGAGUGGGAAGAACAAAGAACUGAAACCCCAUGGUCGCAACGAUGCUCCUCGCGGACAAGGGAGAGUUAGGGCCAUCGGUGGUCACAAGACUGGAGAAUAUUUAUUUUAUAAGCGUUGAGGUUGUCACGAAAGCGUACUGUAAUGGGACUGUAUCAGAUCUGAGUGAUUUGAUUUUGUGAUUUGCGGUUAACAUGAUUUUAUUGCGAUUUAAGACUGUAAAAACUAAAGGUUCAAGUUGAACUAUC